AUGGACAACCUGCGCGAGACCUUCCUCAGCCUCGAAGAUGGCUUGGGCUCCUCCGAUGGCCCUGGCCUACUGUCCUCCUGGGACUGGAAAACCAGGGCAGGGCCCUUUGAGCUGAGCCAGGCCUCGCCCGCUCAGAGCAUCUCUCCGGCCCCAUCUCUGGAGUCGUACACUUCUUCUCCUUGUCCAGCUGUGGCCGGACUGCCCUGUGGGCAUGGAGGUGCCAGCAGUGGGGGCAGUGAUGGCUGCAGCGGCCGCGGGACCAGUGGCCUGGUGGAGGUGGACUACAAUAUGUUAGCUUUCCAGCCUGCCUACCUGCAGGCCACUGGUGGCCCCAAGCCCCAGAAGGGCACCAAAGUCAGGAUGUCUGUGCAGCGGAGGCGGAAGGCCAGCGAGAGAGAGAAGCUUCGCAUGAGGGCCUUGGCAGAUGCCCUGCACACCCUCCGGAAUUACCUGCCACCCGUCUACAGCCAGAGGGGCCAGCCGCUCACCAAGAUCCAGACACUGAAGUACACCAUCAAGUACAUCGGCGAGCUCACAGACCUCCUCAACAGCGGGAGGGACCCUCGGCCCCAGAGCGCCUGA